CAUGGCCGGACCGGGACCGGGGCUGGGACCGGGGCCGGGACCGUACCGCGCCACCAGGCUGUGGAACGAGGUCACCCGGCACUUCCGAGCGGGGAUGCCCGUGCGGCGGCACCGGCAGCGCCUCCGCUCGCACGGCAGCUGCUUCACGGCGGCCGAGGCCGCGGACUGGCUGCACCGGCUGCUCCGCGGCAACAGCAGCUUCGGGCCCGACGUCACCCGGCAGCAAACCGUGCAGCUCCUGCGGAAAUUCCUCAAAAACCACGUCAUCGAGGACGUCAAGGGCAGGUGGGGGACUGAGAAUCUGGAAGACAACGGUGCCCUGUACAGAUUUCCUCCAACAUCUCCAGUCAAACCUCUACCGAGCUCACCGAGGGAGAACUUGGAAAACUUCUCUGGAGACAAAGGAAAACUUUUUAAGCUGCCCAGUUCAUCCAAGAAGGCUUUGAAAAAGCAGGAUUUCCUGCAGUCGCUGGAAAACUUACCAAGACCGAAACCUGAUGUAGCAGAAGGAAGGAAGGAAGGCACACUGCAGAGGAGGGAAAUAAGCCAGGAAUAUGUGCAAGAAACGUGGAGAAAUAUCAUCCAGCUCCAUUUGCAAACCAUUUUGGGACUGCCCUCGUUGGAGGAGGUUCUGCAGCCAGCCCAGAUCAUCCCCGAGUUUGUCACGUACAACCUGAGCAACACCAGCAAGCACGGCGUGGUGAUCCUGCAGGACAAAGCAGAAGACCUCCCUCACUGGGUGCUGUCAGCCAUGAAGUGCUUGGCCUACUGGCCCAGGAACAAUGACAUGAGCCAAGCCACGUACAGUGGCUUUGAGCGGGAUGUGUUCAGGACAGUUGCUGAUUAUUUUCUCAGUCUUCCUGAGCCGUUGCUUACUUUUGAAUACCAUGAGCUCUUUGUUAAUAUCUUAGUUAUUUGUGGCUACAUCCAAAUUCCUGAUCUGGGCAGUGGAAAACGUUCUGUCCAAGAGGAGAAAUGUGACCCUGAGCCUUCAAAAACUCCUCACUUGAACUCUUUCAAGUCCACUGAGUGUCUUCUCCUAAGCCUGCUCCUCAAAGAGCCUGACAAGAAGGAGAAAGGAGACGCUUCCAGGAGGUUUUCCUCAGAAGAGCUGAGAGCCCAAAACCAACGCGGGAAGAAAUGGCAGCAGCACAAAGUGCCCCGUCAGCAAGGGAGUGCUGGGAACCUGAUAGGAGGGAGCUGCCAGAAUCUUGCAGGAUUCAGGAAUGACCAGGAGCCCCCUGGAGCUUUUAGGACAAGGUGUUACUCCUUGGAAAGAAUCGGAGCUGCUGCCUCAAGUGUGUGCCAUAAAGGAGGACGAGCUCCCCUCAGGGGAGUUGGUGUGAGCAGCACCAGGAGAAGCAGAGAACGGCUGGAGGAGCACAGAGUGAACGCAGGGGCGGAGCUGGGCUGGGAUAGCUCAGGUCAAAGGCAGAGCCACGGCCUCAGGAGAGCUCCUGCCCCGUGUCCCCGGGGCGAGGAGGAGCCGUGGGAUGGCAGCCGCCGCUCCCUGAGCCUGCUGGGCAGGAGCGGCUCCAGGAGCUGCGGUGCCCUCAGCAGAGCCAGCGCCGAGAUGGCAGUGCAGCCGCGGCCCCAGCUGCCCUGGGGGCAAGGGAAAGCCAGCAGCAUCCCGAAGAGACUCAGCAGGAGCAGCACAGAGCUGUCAGAGCGCUCUGUGCCCCCCUCCCCUUGUGUGCUGGCUGGCACAAAUCUCCUGCAGCCUCACCUGGAGAGAAUUGCGGUGGAAGCUCUGCAGAUCUGCUGUUUGCUGCUGCCACCGCCGAAGCGCAGGAAGCUGCAGCUGCUGCUGAGGAUGAUGGCCAGGAUCAGUGGCAACGUUGACAUGCCACGGCUGCACGACGCCAUGGGCACCAGGUCCUUGCUGAUCCAGACGUUUUCCCGCUGCGUGCUGCGCUGUGCAGAGGAGGAGGACCUGGAUGAGCUGCUUUCCACACGCUUGGUUUCCUUCCUGAUGGACCAUCAGCAGGAAAUAUUCCAGGUCCCAACUUUCCUGCAGGUUGCAGUGUGGGAUCACCUCGAGUACAUGAAGAUGGCUCAGUGCAAACAGGAGGAAGAAGAAAUUUGUGCCAUCUUGCCAACGUAUUCCUACUGCAAACAAAUCACUCCUCAGGAGUUUGAAGAACAAAAGGUCUCCACCUCGCAGGCUGCAGUGGCAGAGCUCCUGGAGAGCAUCAUCAAGGAUAAGAACCUCUCUGUGAAGGACAAAAAGAAAAAGUUAAAACAGUUCCAGAAGGAAUAUCCCCAGAUCUACGGGAGCAGGUUCCCAACGACGGAGUCGGAAGCGCUGCUCCUGGACAACAAACCCACCAUCAAACAGCCCAUGCUGAGCCUCAGGAAACCCAAAUUUCGCAGCCUCAGGUACUGAGUUCACCACACCUGAGCCGUUUCUCCCCGCUGGAAUCCGAGGGAUUCACCAAAGGAAUUGCUGCAGGAGUUUGGUGGUGGCUGCUGUAGAAGGAGGAAAUGUUUACAUGGACGCUGUGCUGGAAGGUGCCAAAAUGGCUUUUUAAUUUUUGGAAUAACUUCUGAAAGAAAAAUAUUUAUCUGUUUACAAAUUACUACAAUAUAUUGGAAUAGGAAAAUGUGAAAAUACACAUAAAGCUGUUAACCAAAAAUUUAUAUAUAUAUAUAUUUUUUUUUUUUUUAAUGGGAAACUAAUGACCUGCCUCUUGUUAUAACCUGUAAACGUCUGGUCAGGAAUUUGUGCCAUUUAUUGUAGUUUUUACGUGUAUGUGUGUGUUGUGACUAAGUGCCUUUUUCUUUUCUCAAAAUGUUUGUAUUUAAACAGACUUUAAAGGAGCUUCUAUGAGUUCAGGACCAGGAGAGCCAGUUCACCAUAAAUAAAUGAUUAUCUCACUCCAUAAACGCUUCUGUUCAUAACAUCUGUAAAAGCCUCAUCAGCUUUUUGAUAUUUAUUUAUAUUAAAAGACUCGAAGUGCA